AUGGGUCUUAGAACCAGGAAAUUUUAUAAGAGUUUAUAAACAAAUUUUAGCUUUGAAUGGAUACUAUUUGCAUUAGUGUUUUUCUCUGUGAAUUAUAUUAUUACUAAUGAACUAAACUUUGUACCUAUCAGUUUAGAUGAGUCUAAAUACAUCUAAAAGGAAGGUAAGCUUUUGAAUACUAAUGGUACGAUUAUAGAAUAUGGCAUAUCUAAUUAGCCGUUAAAAGAACUUAUUGAAGAAGAUCUACGCACAUUCUUAGGACUUAAGACACUUAAUUUUUUGCGUUACAAAAAGUGGGAUUAAUUUGAAGCUGUUAAUUAAGAUGCAUACAUACUUGUAGAUAUUAUUGAUUUAGGAUAUUUAACUUAUGUGCAGGUUUUAGUUAAAUUUUUUGAAAAACAAUAAGAUGAAAUCCAAAGUCUAUAAAUUACCUUCGAAUCACUUUCAAUUACUGGUAGUUUAAAGUUUUCAAAAAAAAUGAAUGAGUAGUAAUAAGUAGCUAUUAAACCUUUGACAAAACAAAAAAAUAAUUUUUUCUAUCUUAUUAAAUCACUUUGUAUGGAAGUUAAAGGUUAGUUGCAAAUUGAAAAUUAACACAAUAUAUUGCUCAACUUCAAUAACACAAAUUAAAGCAUAGGAGGUAGAAAUAUAAUAAGAGGAAUUUUCAACUAUGAAACUAAUUGGUCUAUUGCUACAGCAAAAGGUAAAAUCUAGUAGAAAGAUGAAAAGUUAAUAAACUUUGCUAUAUCUAUUGGCAGCUCAGAUUCACGUGAUUCACUUAAAUUGCAAAAUGUUGUAUAUUUAGAUGGUGAAAUAGAAGCUAUAAAUAGUAUCAAAAGUGGUAUAUAAUAAUUUAAUGAUAUGUCAAUUCCUUGGAUUUUAGCAACUGAUAAUUUGGCAAUUCCUGGUAGCUUUAAAGUUGAAUUUCAUCCCUUAUAUACAAAUCAGAUAUAUGAUGAUUUGUACAUAAUUAAAAUCAAUGUAAAGUAACAUUUAGGGUAUUUUUCAGGAUUUUAUAUUACAAAAAAAGGAGACAUAAUUACAUUUGAUAAACUCUACGGUGUUUACGAAAUAAAUAAUUCCAGAUGGUGA